AGAGAUUCCGUUGAAGCUGGCGCCGCCAUCUUGGAGUUGGGAGAGGCCGCGCGUCCCGUUCCCGUGCCUCUCCGGCGGGCCACGGGCGCGGGGGGGGGCUUUGGGAGGCGGGGGAACCAUGGGCGUCCUGCGGUGAGUUCGCGGCGCCCCGCCGGCUCGUCCGUGCCCACAGAGGCCGCGCCGCCGCGGGCGCGGGGUUGGGCGGGAUGGUGCAGUCCUGUUCCGCCUACCGCUGCCGGAACCGAUACGACAAAGAGAAGCCCAUCUCCUUCCACAAGUUUCCCCUUACAAGACCCGAUCUUUGCAAGAAGUGGGAAGCUGCUGUUAAGAGGAAAAACUUCAAGCCGACCAAGUACAGCAGCAUUUGCUCAGAACACUUUACGCCCGAUUGCUUUAAGAGGGAAUGCAAUAACAAACUCCUGAAAGAAAAUGCUGUGCCCACAAUAUUUUGUUACACUGAACCUGGUGAAAAGUCUGAAGAAUUUGCAGAGCAGCCAGAAGAUCCACUUCCACCUCCUCCACUGCCACCACCACCGCCGCCUCCGCCACCACCACCACCACCAGCAGCUCCAGUACUACCACAAUCUCCAUCAACUCCUUCUUUUCAUUUGUCUCAAAUAGAUGCCAGAUUUGUAGAUCCAAGUAUUGGAUUAUUGAUGCCCCCUCUCCAGACCCCCAGCAAUCUUGCUGUUUUUUGCGAUCAUAACUACACCGUAGAGGAUACAGUCCAUCAGCGAAAAAGAAUUCAACAGCUGGAGGAACAAGUUGAAAAACUGCGGAAGAAGCUCAAGACAGCGCAACAGCGGUGCCGGCGUCAGGAAAGACAAAUUGAGAAACUGAGAGAAAUUGUUCAGUUUCAGAAAGAAAAAGACAUAUUGGCAGGAAAAGGCUAUGUGAUUCUGCCUAAUGACUAUUUUGAAGUUGUAGAAGUACCUGCCUAGCAGUCACGAACAUCAGUUUUCACUUUGGUAGGCCAAGAAAUUUAGGUUAAAAACUAAAUUCUUUCUAAUAUGUAAGACUUUCCAGAAUUCUGGAAAAACAGUAAUGAAGCAGUCAUAUAAAUGAGAUAAUAUUUUUUCUUCAUUGCCAUUUCAGUUUGAUACACUUUUAAUAUAUUGAAGAUGCAAGCAUCUCAUAAUUAGAAUAUGCAAUUAAUUUACGAAAUAUAAAUUGCUUCCAUAAGGAAAGGAUGCCAGAUUGAAGACACAUAGGAAUUUACUUUUUUUACAAUGUCUGUUUUAUGCUUACAGGGGCUGGGAACUAAAUCUGGCUGAGAAUGAAGUUUAGGUGGUUGUACACCUAGUGCUUUGUCAAGAUUUUUAAUGUUGGCUUUGGUAAUCCCCAGUAAGUAGUUUUCACUGAUUUUAGGAAGAACAGAAUUAGGUCAGCUAACAUCUGCAAGUACUGCGGAAAGACAGACAGGAAAACUGGGAAAACUUCCAACUUAAGUUUGCUAUGCAUUUGAAGUACUGCAAAAAGUCCAAUUCCUGUAUCCCUUUGGGUGAGAUAUGUAAAUGAACCACUUCUUUUUGAGUAACUGUUCACCACAUGUGUGUUUUGAGAGUGAUGAGGAGAAUUCAUUAGCAUAGCUAACAAAGAGCUGUAGAAGCAGCUUUUGUUUUGAGGGCACUUAAAAAUAGUCCUAAAGUGCUGGGCUGAGCUGAACAUGUAUGUUACUGCACUUUUGGCAGGGUCAAUAAGACAAUGUACUCUUUACAGUGACUGCUUGCAGAAGGGCACUGAUAAUACACAGUCCCGUUAUGUUGUAGGAUCUUCUUCCCAUAAAUACUGUAAUUGGUAGAGUGUUGUCCUUGAUUUUGAAAUUAACUCGCAUGUAAACCAUGUGUAGCUUCAGGAAAUGAAGCAAGUUUGUUUUUUAUCUGGGGAGUCAGGUAUUUAUGGCUUUGCAGUAUACAGUGGUUUUAUUUCUUUACUUUUUUAACUUCCCAAAAGGCAUCCACCAAAGGGCAUAUAGGGAACUAGACUUUGGACUUGCUUGGUGCUAGACUGGUUUAUAAUAUCUCAAAUGCUGCUGCCUCUUCUUCAGCCUUAUUAAGACUCUUUCUAGUAAUAGUAUGACAAAGCAGUGCAGCAGUUUGCACUGACUUUCUAAUAAUUUAUUUAGUCAAUUAACUCAUUCAAAAUGAGAGAAAAUGGCUAACCCUAAUGUAGGCUUCACACCUGAAAUUCCUGGAUAUACAAGACACAAGGAAAAUUUCUCAGUCUGUGUCAAAUGUGCGUGCAGUGUGGGUUCUAGCUCUGAUUUUAAACAAACCGUGUUCAUGAUGGCUUUAAAAGCUUCCCUUAAUAUCCUGUUAGCAUGACAUUUUGAAAUAUUUCAAACCAGUCUUGAUAUUUCUGACCUCACUCAUACCCCAUGUGUCUAUUUUCCCUAUCAUUUCAUACACUUAAAAUGAACAAAAAUGCCAAUGCUUCCUUUUGUGUACAUUUAUUAUACCUAAUUAAAAAUUUGAAAAGCAAA